AAGAUUGUGACCAAAUAGCGGCGGAUAUGCGCAGCAAUCCCCAACAAUUCGAUCAAUUCAAAUUGCUUUUCAGUUUGUCUUCGCAGAGUACGCAGACCAGACAGACGGUCAUCCGCAUCGACAACAUCGUCAAAGGACAAAUGAUGACGCAACUCAUGCAGAAAUUCAAUGAAAGCACCAAAGACGCUCUGCUAACGGCCAGCGACGAGAAGAAACUCUUGACGGAAUCGACGACCAACGUCUUGAUCGACACGUUCGACGACUCGGACGUCGUUUCCCAAAAUUCAGAGUCGCAUGUUUACAACAUGUUGGAGAGUUUACUCGUCUCAUCAAGGACGAUCAUCAGGGAUCAAAGCGAUAAAAUGUGGGAUUCGGUAUUUUGGAACGAGGACAACUAUCGACCGGACAAAACAACAAAAACUCUGAACGACAUUUACAGGAAAUUGGACAAGGAAGACCAGAAGAAGUUGAUCAACACGUUCCAAAAUACAAAUUCCUUUGAGUACGGGGCUGGAGGAAGUGUCGUGGGGAUUGGCUCGUUCGAAACGAGAUUCAAAACUGAAAUUUCCCGUCACGGUUCGACAACGAAGGAAGACAUCAACAAAUUGUUCCAGGAAAGUAAAGAUCACGGCCAGUGGGACGGAGAGAAAUUUGUUCCAAAACCUUUGAAACUCAGCAGAAUCAAUUUGUCGAAAUUGCGAGACACCCAAUCCUUACAGGAUCGCAAAGUGAACGUCAAAUACUCGACCGCCGUCCUAUCGAUGCCCAUCCAUUUCGUACAAAAUUCUGACCUGACAGUCACAGACGAGUGGCAAGAUUUGAAAGACGAAUUGAAAAAAACACAAGAACGUUUGUCUUACGCUUUAAAAUUGUUGGUGAAAAGGCGCAUCACCUUUGAAAAUUUAGAAAAGAAGCUAAACGACACCACCUCAACCGUUUUGAACUUAAACAAGGAGAUGAACGAGAGAACGAGCGUCAUUGCGGAUAUUGGUCAUAGGCCCACGUCCUGUGAUGACCUCAGACGAAUCGGACACAUCAAAAGCGGAUUCUAUUCCGUCAUGAGCCAGAGUAAAAUCCAAACUGUUUAUUGCUAUUUCUCUCGGAAGUCAAACGUGCAAAAUUUACAGAAUACGAUUGGCUAUGUCGACGUUAAAUCAGGGCCAGUUUACUUCUACGCCCAGAAAACGGCGAGCUACUUUCGUGUCAACACAAUUAUCCCAUUCGAAAAUCAACAAAUGAAUGUGGGCUAUGCCAUGAGCUACAGUGGAAUUUUUACCGCUCCUAAACCUGGCAAAUAUUUCUUUUCUUUUUCGGCAAUUUGUGAGCUAAAGACUAAUUGUCGAGUUAACUUACAAAUGAAGACUAAAACAUCCGACUGGUUUAAAAUCGCACAAGGCUAUGGUGAAUCAGCUUUUCAUACUUUAACGCUCCAGUCCAUCAUACAACUGAAUAAAGGCGACCAAAUUAGUUCAAUGUUGAGGGAAGGGGCAAUUAAUGAGAGUUCUAAUAAAAAUAACGGCCCAUUUACGCAUUUUGUUGGAUGGAUGAUAGAGGAGGAUAUCUUUUGAAUAGAUUCAGAUUGAAUCUUAAAAUUGCUAGUUGAAUUAACGGAUUAAGAAAUUUUAGUGAACUAUUCACAAAACCUCAUGUCACGUAUACAAGAGGAUAAAAAAUUAUUUCAAGUGGCUAGUUAUACCUGGUAUGAUAUGCUGAUUUAGGUCAUAAAGUUAAUAAUAAA